AUGGCACCCAGGAUCGCUAUCGUUUACUACUCGACCUAUGGCCACAUCAGGCAAUUGGCCCUCGAGGAGAAGAAGGGUAUUGAGGAAGCCGGUGGAUCUGUCGACAUCUAUCAGAUCCCUGAGACCCUCUCCGAAGAAGUCCUGAAGAAGAUGCACGCUCCCGAGAAACCCAAGGAUAUCCCGUUCGUCGACGACCCAAAGAUCCUCGAAGAGUACGACGCCUUCCUCUUCGGCAUCCCCACCCGCUACGGCAACUUCCCCGCUCAAUGGAAGACCUUCUGGGACAAGACCGGCGGACAGUGGGCCUCGGGCAAGUACUGGGGCAAGUAUGCCGGUAUGUUCGUGUCGACCGGCACCCCCGGUGGAGGCCAGGAGAGCACUGCUAUUGCCGCCAUGUCGACGUUGACGCAUCACGGCAUCAUUUACGUUCCUCUGGGAUACAAGUACACUUUCCCCCUUCUCGCCAACCUCGACGAAGUCCAUGGCGGUAGCCCCUGGGGUGCAGGCACCUUCGCCGCCGGCGACGGCAGCCGCCAACCCACUGAGCUGGAGAAGGAAAUCGCUCGUACCCAGGGCAAGGCGUUCUACGAGGUCGUCUCCAAGGCUUUCGCCUGA